GCUGCUCCUAUGAGUUGGACUACAAUGACCAGCAUGCCCCGCGCUUCUCGCCCCGUCCCUUUCAGCCUCGGGCGCUGGGGAGGCUCCGCAGACCUGCUGAUUGGGAACCGAUAUGGCUGCGACUCUGGGCAGCGGAGAGCGCUGGACCGAAGCUUACAUUGAUGCAGUUAGAAGAAACAAAUACCCAGAAGAUAGACUUCCUGAAAGUCAUGAUCCCUGUGGGUGCUGUAACUGCAUGAAAGUGCAAAAGGAAAAGAAGUCUGAGCAUGAGUGGAAUGCAACCCGACAGAGUGAGGGAAGUGCCACUUACACUGAGGAACAGCUGCUCGGGGUACAAAGGAUCAAGAAAUGCAGAAAUUACUAUGAAAUUCUAGGAGUUUCUCGAAAUGCCAGUGAUGAAGAGCUUAAGAAAGCUUACCGAAAACUCGCCCUGAAAUUUCACCCUGACAAGAAUUGUGCUCCUGGAGCAACUGACGCUUUCAAAGCAAUAGGAAAUGCCUUUGCAGUCCUGAGCAAUCCUGACAAGCGACUCCGCUACGAUGAAUAUGGAGAUGAACAGGUGACUUUCACUGCCCCUCGAGGCAGACCUUAUAAUUAUUACAGGGACUUCGAAGCUGACAUCACUCCAGAAGAGCUAUUCAAUGUCUUCUUUGGAGGACAUUUUCCUACAGGAAACAUUCAUAUGUUUUCAAAUGUGACAGAUGACAGCCACUAUUACCGCCGGCGGCACCGACAUGAGCGGAUGCAGACACGGAAGGAAGAAGAAGAAGAAAAGCCUCAGACCACGUAUUCUGCAUUUAUUCAGUUACUUCCAGUUCUUGUGAUUGUGAUUAUAUCUGUCAUUACUCAGCUGCUAGCUGCUAAUCCCCCAUACAGUCUAUUCUAUAAAUCGACCUUGGGCUACACCAUCUCUAGAGAAACACAGAACCUGCAGGUGCCUUACUUUGUGGAUAAAAACUUUGAGAAGGCCUACAGAGGAGCAUCUCUCCGUGACCUGGAGAAGACGAUAGAGAAGGAUUACAUUGAUUACGUCCAGACAAGUUGUUGGAAGGAGAAACAACAAAAGUCGGAAUUGACAAAUUUGGCAGGAUUAUACAGAGAUGAACGACUGAAACAGAAGGCAGAGUCGCUGAAACUUGAAAACUGUGAAAAACUUUCCAAACUUAUUGGCCUGCGCAGAGGUGGCUGAGAGGAUGCUAG